CUUGCUGCAACAACGCACUCACCACCAGCACCAACAAUCAGUCAGGGACAGCCGGCAGAGCAGCAGCAGCCACAAUAAUGAAAUUUUUCAUCGUCCUUCUAGCCGUCGCAGCCGCCGCAUCGGCGCUGCCCACUCAAGAGCAGGAGGCCAACGCUCAGCAGGCCGCCGCCUCUGAGAUCCAGCUCGCUGAAGGAAUCACCAUUGUCCGCAAUGAGGAAGCCGAGGUUACCCAGGCCGCCGAGGGAGCACCCCGCGCCUUCGACGACUCGAUGAUUGGACGUGCUGCCCGUUUCCUGCAGUCCCACUCUCUGCACCUUGACCUGAAGGGUGCUGAUGUCGUCGAUGCCGUCUCUGCUGUUGGACGUGCCCUCAACGGAGAUGAUGUUGAGGAAGCCAGGAAGGGCGUUAAGGUCAAGAAAGCCGGCAAGCUCCUGGGACCCCUCCUGAUCGGAAUCCUGCUGAAGGCUGCCCUCCUCGCCCCCCUCGUCCUCGGUGCCAUUGCCCUGAUCGCCGGCAAGGCCCUCAUCAUCGGCAAGAUCGCUCUGCUGCUCUCCGCCGUCAUCGGCCUGAAGAAGCUCCUGUCCGGACACCAGAAGGCCGUGACCUACGAGGUCGUGUCCCACCCUCACUCUUACAGCGGCCACGACACCUACUCUGCUGGUUCUAGCAGCGCGGGAACCAUCGCUGCCAGCUCGUCUGGAUCCUACUCUGGUGGAUCUUCCAGCGGCUGGGGACGCAGCGUGGACGCCCACCAGAUGGCUUAUGGUGCUCAGGCUCCUUAAGUUGGCUGCUGCUGAACUAACUUAUUAAGAUCAACCCUCUAUCGCUGCCGCCCUUCACCCCCUUUCAACUCUUUCAAUCUUCAGCUAUCUUUGUUCGAAUUUUUUUUAUUCGAAAUUUUCGCAAAUACGGGUACAACAAAUCGUUCGUUCAUUUGCCGCUCUCUCUAUUCGAUCAAUCUUUAACUUAUUUGUUGUUAAUUUAUUAUUUCGUUCGUAAUAAUUUAUGCAUAUUAUAUUUUUAUACAAGCAAAACCGUUCCGACUGACGACACUCUGAACCAACCAUACGACUGCCACUUUUCUGUUCUGCUCUGUUACCUUCAAUUUUUUUUUCAUUUUCUUUUCCUCUCUCUAUUUCUCUCUUUAUCCUUGAAAUUUCCAAUCUUCCGCGACUGCCAAAGACGUAGUGACUCUAGCUCAUUCCUUUUUCUUUCACUUCCCACAUAGUGUCCUCUCUAGUCUGAAGUUAUUUUCUUUGUUUCUUCCUCAAUCUUGUAGAAAUUAGCAGCCUCCUGUCUGGAGCCUCAGUCAAUCCGACACUUCCCUCUUUUACUUCCCUUACAAAUUAAUCGUCCCUGUUAAUUUGCUCAAUUACUCUUCCAAGACUCUUUUCUUAUUCUCUGUGAGAAAGACUGACUCUAGAGGUUUCUGUGUUCUUUUUUACAACGACACCGUGACUGUAAUGUUAGAUUGAGACGCCAUGUGACUCGACUUUUACAUUAAUUAUGUUCAAAAGCCAAAUUUUUAUCAACAGAGAUUUGUACCUAUUGACUAAAUUGAAUAAAAAAGCUCAAA